CAGGAGAUCGGGAAUAUGAAAAACAUUGUGUUAUUUGGUUUUGCGCUUAUCGUAGCAGCCGUCUAUGCAAGAGACGUGCGUCAGAAAAGAGAAGCGGAUUUACUAGCAGCUGCUUCCCAUCAUUGGGAAAAAGGUGGCGGCGAAGCCUACAAUGGUGACCAUUAUGGCGAGAACGGUGAGAAAGGCGAAAAAGGCUACAAGGGAUACCACGAAUCUGACAAAGGCAGAAAGGGACACUCCCUACACGAAGGGCAUAAAGGUCACUACGACGAAAGCGGCGGGCAUGAGAAAGGACACCAACAUGACGAUGGCUACUUUGAUGAGCACAACCAAGGCGAGAAGGGCGAAAAAGGACACAGUUUCGAAGAAAAGGGACACUUCCACAAAGGACACUCCACUAAGGGCCACAUUGGAGUUCACAAAAUAGACGAGUUCAAGAAAGACAAGCACUUCCACGAUAAGCACGGUGAGUCAGGUUUCGAAGAAGGUUAUGGCGGACACCACCAUGAGGGUGGAUACAAGGAGGGUGGGGACUUCCACAAGGGGCACUCAGAAGGCGGUUUCCAUGAGCACGAAUUCGGAAAGAAGGGCGAUCACGAAAAAGGGGGUUACCAUAACGACCAUAAAGGACACCACGAAGAAGCAGGUGAAGACGAGCACUGGAAUCACCAAGCUGGCCACGGUGACAAGGGCGGCCAAGAAGAACACAAACACUGGGGCUGGCAAGGACAUUAA